AAUCACUUCAGGAACAAUAAUGAAGCCUCCCAGAGUAAAGUUUCCCUUCACCAAAAUCUGUGUCCUUCUGUUCAUAGCCAUCUUGUAUGCAGAGAGUUUCAGUUACAUUUCUUCCAGUUCCAUUUUCAAUUUCAGACCUUGUUCUACAAACAACACCAACCCUAUAUCAAAUUAUAACAAGACAAAAAGGGUGGUUCCUAAUGUUUCAUGGUUUAAUGAUGGAUUCGUUUAUGAGCCUGAGGAGUGCGAUUUUAGCAAUGGAAAAUGGGUGUUCAACAGUUCAAUAAAGCCUUUGUAUUCAGACACUAGUUGUCCAUACGUAAGUAGACCUUACUCUUGUGUCAAGAAUGGGAGGGUAGAUUCUGACUACCGCUAUUGGGAAUGGCAACCAGAAGAUUGCACCUUGCCCAAGUUUAAUCCAGAGCUAGCUCUAAAAAAGCUUCGAGGAAAACGGCUACUAUUCGUUGGGGAUUCACUGCAAAAAAGCCAAUGGGAAUCUUUUGUGUGUAUGGUUGAAUGGAUCAUACCCCAAAACCAGAAGUCUAUGAAACAAGGAACUCAUUCAGUCUUCAAAGCCAAGGAAUAUAAUGCUACCAUAGAAUUCUAUUGGGCACCAAUGCUUGUUGAGUCCAACACUGAGUUUUUUACCAUAAGGGAUCCCAAGAAGCAGAUAGUAAAAGUUGAUUCGAUCAUGGAUCGUGCCAAAAACUGGACUGGAGUGGACAUCCUUGUUUUCAAUACCUAUGUAUGGUGGAUGAGUGAUGCUAAGAUUAAAGCACUAUGGGGUUCAUUUGCCAAUGGAGAAGAAGGGUAUGAAGAAUUAGACGCACAAAUUGCAUACAACUUAGGCUUGAGGACAUGGGCCAACUGGGUUGACUCAACUAUUGAUCCAAACAAAACCCGAGUCUUCUUCACAACUAUGUCCCCAACACACACAAGAAGCGCAGACUGGGGCAACAAAGAUGGUGUGAAAUGUUUCAAUGAGACAAAGCCAAUAGAGAAAAAGAAUCAUUGGGGAAGUGGGUCUAACAAGGGCAUGAUGAGUGUGGUGGAAAAAGUGGUGAAGAAAAUGAAAGUUGCAGUUAAAUUCAUCAACAUAACACAAAUCUCAGAGUAUAGGAUUGAUGCACAUUCCUCCGUUUACACUGAAACUGGGGGAAAACUAUUAACUGAGGAGGAAAAGGGUAACCCACUAAAUGCAGAUUGUAUUCAUUGGUGUUUGCCUGGAGUUCCUGAUACUUGGAAUCAAAUAUUUUUGACAAUGCUAUAACGAAUAUAAGUGGACAAAUUAAUACAUAGAUUCAUGCAUUUUAUUUUUUGUACUUGUUGGUUUGAACAAGUCUAGUAUGGAAAGCUAAGUGAAUUGCU